AAAAAAAAGUAGUUGUUAGGUGGCGCAAAUCUGAAAUCCCAAGAAUAUCCCCAUAAAAACCACCGAAAACACCCCUUCAAAAAAAAAAAAAAAAAAAAAAAAUCCACUUCAUAAACUCCCCCACCUCCCCCAACAAACCUUGUUCCACUGCAUCGGGCGGAGCCUCCAACACACAAACACUCUCCACCAACCUCCUCCUUCAAUCAAUCUCAGAUCUCCAAAACAUGCAGACUUCUUCCUUCAAUCUCUCUAAUUCAACUGCAAAUCUCAAGCCUCACAGGCUCAAUCCUACUUAUCUUCCUUCACCGUUGAAAUCAUCCGUCAAUUUUCGCCCAAUUACUCCUAAAUUGCCUUUAAUCUGCUGUUCCUCGUCACCUAGGAAUCUAGGUCACUGGAUUUCUACUCCGUCUCCGGUGCCGGAGCGUCAGUCCGAUGGUUUCGAGGUUAAGGCGGCGUCUGUUCCCGACAGUGCCGAUGGUGGUGACGCGGCGGCGUUGAAGAAGUCGAAGCUUAUGGAGACGGUGGUGCUUGGAUCGUUGUUUGGGCUGUGGUAUCUGUUUAACAUCUACUUCAAUAUCUAUAACAAGCAGGUUUUGAAAGUCUUCCCCAAUCCAAUAACCGUGACUACAGUACAGUUUGCUGUUGGGAGUGUCAUUGUGUUUUUGAUGUGGACGUUAAAUCUUCACAAACGACCAAAAAUUAGCGGUGCACAGCUUUUAGCAAUCCUGCCAUUGGCUAUGGUGCACACGUUGGGCAACCUUUUCACAAACAUGAGUCUUGGAAAAGUUGCCGUUUCGUUUACCCACACGAUUAAAGCUAUGGAACCAUUUUUCUCAGUCGUAUUGUCUGCUAUGUUCCUAGGAGAGAUGCCUACACCAUGGGUGGUUACUUCGCUUUUACCAAUUGCUGGUGGAGUGGCUCUUGCAUCAAUGACUGAAGCCUCAUUCAAUUGGGCUGGGUUCUGGAGUGCAAUGGCAUCCAAUUUGUCGAACCAAUCGCGUAAUGUUCUCAGCAAGAAAUUUAUGGUUAAGAAAGAGGAAUCAUUGGAUAAUAUUACACUGUUCUCAGUUAUAACAAUUAUGUCGUUUUUCUUGUUGGCCCCUGUUACUCUCUUAACUGAAGGAGUGAGGGUUACCCCUGCAUACCUCCAAUCUGCUGGAUUGAAUGUCAAACAAGUGUACAUUAGGUCUCUUCUUGCUGCAAUCUGCUUCCAUGCCUAUCAGCAGGUUUCGUAUAUGAUUCUACAAAGGGUAUCUCCAGUCACACACUCUGUUGGCAACUGCGUGAAACGUGUGGUGGUGAUCGUGACCUCUGUUCUCUUCUUCCGAACACCUGUUUCACCUAUCAAUUCCAUAGGUACCGGAGUGGCCCUUGCUGGAGUAUUCCUAUACUCUCAGGUGAAACGCAUUAAGCCUAAGAAGGCUUGAAGCUGUGCCAACUGCCAAUCGCGCUUAAAAGGAGAUUUCGGUGAUAUUUUUUGUGUAUUUUAUUAGUAUUGAUUUGGUUUUCGGGACUUAAAUUCUAUCUUACAAAGGUACCACUUUUGAAGCACAAUGUGCAAUCCUUUAUUGCUUUCAAAAUCCUCCAAA